GGCACGAAUACAAAGGCUCCAUGAAAAUAUUUAACGCCAUAACACCGCAUUUUAUAGCCGGAUUUCGUUGUUCUCAGGUGACGUGCCAUCUACAACUCAGCGCGUAAAUGUCGUCAAACUUCAAGCGCGUGGGGGAAAAACGAUCCCAUCUCCACGGGCUACAGCCGGUGCCCUUGAGAAGAACCCCACGUAAAACCACCCCAACCAUCUUCUGCACCUCUCAUUUGGCCGACGCCCGUUUUCAGACUUGCAUUAUAUCUCGUAGAGCGAAAAAAAAAAAAAAAAAAAAAAAAAAUCCGGAAAAGCCAACACAAAAUUCGGAGCGAUUCUUGUCCGAUUUCUGGCGAAAACAUUUCCGUCUGGUCUUCCUAUUCCUUCUUCUAGAGGAAUCUCUUGCCCCGGCCUGCCGGCACCGUGGAAUCGAAAUCUCCGGAAUUGGAUGGGGCGGAGCGUAGUGAUGCCGUCGGCGGUGAUGGCUCACCGCCUCACAGAGGCCUCUAAUUGGUGGAAAGAAGUUAACGACUCUCCUCUCUGGCAGGAUCGCAUUUUCCACAUCCUCGCUGCCCUCUAUGGCGUCGUCGCUACCGUCGCCCUGGUUCAAUUGGUUCGGAUACAAUUGAGAGUACCAGAGUAUGGUUGGACAACGCAGAAGGUCUUCCACUUUCUCAAUUUUGUGGUCAAUGGGGUUAGAUCACUGGUUUUUGUAUUCCGUCGUAAUGUGCAGACCUUACAACCUGAGAUUAUCCAACAUAUUUUGCUUGAUAUGCCAAGUCUUGCCUUCUUCACCACCUAUGCACUUUUGGUUCUGUUCUGGGCAGAGAUAUAUUAUCAGGCACGUGCUGUAUCAACAGAUGGGCUCAGGCCGAGUUUCUUUACAAUAAAUGCUGUGGUUUAUGCUAUUCAGAUUGCUAUGUGGUUGGUUUUAUGGUGGAAGCCUAUCCCAAUGGUUGUCAUCCUUUCUAAGUUGUUCUUUGCAGGUGUAUCUUUGUUCGCUGCCCUUGGCUUUCUUCUUUAUGGAGGAAGGCUCUUCCUGAUGCUGCAGCGGUUUCCUGUUGAAUCAAAAGGGAGACGUAAAAAGUUGCAAGAGGUUGGCUAUGUCACCACAAUAUGUUUUACUUGUUUCCUUGUCAGAUGCAUCAUGAUGUGCUUUGAUGCAUUUGACGAGGCUGCAGACCUCGAUGUUUUGGAUCAUCCAAUUUUAAACUCCAUAUACUACCUGCUGGUGGAGAUACUACCUUCUUCUCUAGUCCUUUUCAUUUUGAGAAAAUUGCCUCCGAAGCGUGGUAUCACACAAUAUCAUCCUAUUCGAUGAGAUGACAAAAAAAAAAAGCGAAUGUCACGAUGGGAAGGAGACUUAUUGAGAAUGUAGUGUUGGAUGAGGGUUGGCUUUUGAGAUGCUCUUUUUGUCUUAUAAAGAACAAAAGGCAAGGAAGAUGUAUAACGAAAAAUGACCAUUUGUUGUAUUGACUAAAGAAGCUUUGCUCGUGAAAUAUGAAUGGGGCAGUGUUCUCUCAGCUGGGGUUUGUAGAUGUUGUCGAAAAUGUGACCUUCCGUAUAUUGUGAAAUAUGUUGCAUUCUUCUUUUAACGGAAUGAUCUUCGCUUUGUACGCCUGUCUUUUACUCCUGUCACCUUUUUAGAGGGGGGGUGGGGGGUGGUGGUGGUGAAAAAUAGUGUUACAGAACUUGUGAUCGACCCAAGAACGUGAUUUAAAAUUUGUUUAUUUGUGUAAUAAUUAGUUUGGGCCAAUUCCGUUAUGAUUUGUGGUCUGGCCAUUAAUUUCA